GGAGGGAAGAUUGCGUGACAAGUCAAGUUGGCGUGGUUACACAUUUCCAAAGAGCGCCAAAUUCGCUUGUGACAGCCACGAAUGUUUGUAGAGAAAAUAUGGUUUAUUUUGUCUUCAGUUAAAACUCAACUCUUGCCAACAUAACCUGUUUGACAUGAUGAGUGUUUUAUUUACCUUCGCCAUUGUUUUAGUGAAUCUAGAGAGGAUUUGUCGCUGCAGCUGCCAUCCUUCUCCGAGAGUGUUGAAAUUUGAAUUAAGAGGAUAUUCUCCACAUCUUCCUAAGUCAUCACAGUGGGAGAUUGACGCAGUUUCGUACGAUCGUAUAUCUAAUUUAGGAAAUGAGGUCGCCCUUGGAGAUUCUGUCAUUGUUCAAAAUAAGCUAACACUUCUAACCCAGUGUAGUGCUUCUCUCGAUCGUUCCUCGAAUACAAGCGAGUUUAUUCAUUAUUUUUGUCGCUGGAUGAAAGGAAGGGAUACCGGUUAAAGAUUUUCUCAAGAAAAUGCUGGACUGACUGACAGUAUAUGGCCAUGGAAAGGAAGUCUAAAUGUUAUUGUGGGGAGAUCAAAACCUCACUGUGGCAUAGAGUUGCAAAAUGUUGGUCUCUUUAACACACGAAAAACAGUCAUUUCCACAAUAGAAAUGCCUAUGUUAGGUAUUUUUUGUUUUGCACUCUUGGGCUCUGCUUAUGGAAUGGCAGUUCCACAAUUUAUCCAAGCUUCAUUGCCUCAUGUUAUGGUAAUAUCUGCAAAAGUUGGAGAAGGCAUUGAACUAGAUUGUUCAUCUGAUGGUCAUGCACACCCAGAAGCACUCUGGUACAAAUACAAUAUCCCUCUAUUGGAUAUCACAUAUCGUACGUUAGAAGGCACACUAAAGUUCAGGAAGCUGGUUUUGAAUAAUCUACUACUGGCAGAUGCAGGAAAUUAUUCUUGUUGGGUGAACGACACACUGGGUUCAAUUAACAGGACAUUCAUAGUAUAUGUAUAUGAAUCUUCAAACACCCGUCCAAUGAUUCUCAAGUCACUGAUGACUAACAAGACGACAGUCCUUGGAAGCGAAGUCAGCUUUCAUUGUCACGUGGCCAGCGAGUCGGUGGCAUACGUCCGGUGGUUCUUCAAAAGAUAUACCGUUCAAGGGAAUACCUUUGGCAAUUCAAUGCAAGCAACAGUUACAGAGAUUAGGAGUACUGUACCAGUCAAGGUUUCAAGUUUUGUUGGGAAUGGAUUAAAUGGUCACCUUUUCAAAGGCGAAUCAGUAUAUCUUGUGAAAAACGUUUCUCAUCAUGAUCAAGGCGAAUACAUUUGUGAAGCAUUUAAUGAACGCGGCAGAGUGAGAUGGGGUGCGUUCUUGGUGCUCGUCAAAGCUCCUACACCCUCAGCUCACGAAAAAGAAGCCAGGUAUGCUGCUCUGUUUGGACAGACACAAGAUCUGCCCUUGGCUGUUCUUGUCGCUGUGCCUGUAGCCUUUUUAAUCAUAUUGACGGCGGUGUUUAUCAGGGCUCUAGAGAAGGCCAAGCAAAAACAUGGAGUCGGUCUAGUCAAGAAAACAGAUAUGAAUGGGGAUGCGGUGGUGAUGAGCGAGUCAUGCAGUAACAAGGAAUCUAGUAAUCAGAAAAUGGAAAAAGAAAUCGUGUUUACCGAAUCUCGGCGAAUUUCAAAUUACUCAAAACAUAACGGAUUACAUACUGGUCAGCAGACUACCCAGUUAUGUAAACAAGUCACGUGUCUGGAGGCGACAUGUUCUUCCGAGCGACUGCCGUCCUCUCAAGCCAGUGACGUAAGCAGUAAACGAUGCAGUGCUGCGCUUGAACUCGAAUGGGAAGGGUUUGAACUGGUCAUGGAGGAUGGAUUUGAAAUGAUUAAAUUGUGUAAAGAAGAGGAGGUGUAGAUAAAGGGAGAG